ACCCGUUUUUAAAGACAAUAACAAACCUGUUUGGGCUCAGGUGUCGCUGCUGUUACUCUCUAACUCUGAGGCAACAACAAAAAAGUUAAAUUUCCACCACAAACUUCUACAGAUCAUCUGUCAGUGAUCAGAAUCACCUGAUCUAUCAGUGUACUGUGAUGACCGAGAAGUUAUGUUUGAGAGAGCGCAUCGAGGAGAUAUGGAGGGCGGGAGAGGAGCUGGGCCUCACCUGCACCGAUAUUGACAAUGUGUUCACCUCAGUGUUCAGAGAAGAGAGGGAGAAGGAAGCCAUAAGAGCUAACAGCCAAAACCUGAAGGAUAAUAACGGUGGAAAGAAGAGAGGAUUAUGGAAGGUCGGCUCUUACCUAAAAAUGGCCACCAAAUUCAUUGUCUGUUUUGCUCUUCUCUGCACCGUAAUUUUUCUCGUUAUUUCCCUUCACAACCCAACGAGAAAAUUUGUGACUCGUAAUAUUCAAGAUAUGAUCUACCCAGUAAUGACUAUGUUGAGAUAUAUAGCCUUGCCUCUCCUCGCCAAGUACCCCUACUUGACUCAAUGGUACUCUGAGGAGUGCUUGGUGGCCAAUACUUUCUUCGACCAACUGAACAUUAAUUGCACGUCCUGUAGUGAAAAUUUGCAACUUGUAAAAGUCUCGGAUCUGAGCAAUUUUACUGAUGUAUACUAUAAUAAUGGACAGGUAUUGAUUGUAACUGAUGCUGUGCUUCAUGAAACGUCCUGGAUGGAUUUAGCUGAAAAAAUAGAUAUUAAUCAAGAAGCUGAACUUGGUGCUUUGAAAGUUUUUUCCAAGUCAGAAGUUAAUGCAAAUUAUUUACAACAGAUUGUGAAGAGAGAAGCAAUUAGUAGUGAUAUUCACAUUGAGUGGAAAAUUAACAAGCUCGAAACGUUACAUAUUGUUCGGCAAAUCUUUCCCAGACUUUAUUUCAUACCAUCAGAAACAGAAGUUGCUCUUUAUCGGUUUUUGUUUACAGAUGGUCCAGACUCUCAUUCCUAUCAUUUACCUUUAACAGAGUUUGCUAAUGUUGUACUUGUACAGGGAGAAGGAUCAAGUUCUCUCACCUUAUUUCCAUCUCACCAUUGUGAAAAUACUUGUAAUUCAAUUUCAGUUACAUUAGAAGCAACACAAGUUUUAUUUUUUAACUGGAUAUAUUGGAGACCUGUUAGAGUUGGAGGCAGGCACAUUUCAACACUUGCAAUGAGUUCAUUUUACUAGUGUGUCCAACAAUUUAAUAAAAAGAGUCAGUAGCAACAAGUGUGAAACAUUGUGUAAAUACUCCUAGUAGGGUGGAACCUUUUUUUACAUUGUGAGCAAGACCUACUUUGCUUGUAGGCCUACAGCAGUGCUCCACUAGUCAUUCCUCAGGUGCUGUCUGACUUGUAUGGGUUUAGUGCUUUCCCUGAUUAUAAUAAUAAUGUAAUUGUUAGCAUUUUGUUAUAUUGUAAAGUACUUGAGAAAACUUGUAUUGUAAAAUAUACUGUAUAAGACAUUCACAAUAUGCAGCAUUUUCUUUAUUGAAAGUAGAUUUGCUUUUCACCACUUGUCUUUACCAGUCAGCUUUCAUAAUAUGUAAAGUAUAUUGUAGGGGAAUUUAUAAUAAAAAAAUAAGAAGC